GGGAUGAUGGGAUGGUGGGGGCCACGUGAAGACUGCUUCCCACACACCCGCAGGGACGCUCACCUGUGCGCCGAGGCAGUCUGUCGCAGCUGUUAGCGCACCCGAUGCACACAGCACACCUGCACACGGUGCGGAGGACCGCCACUGCGCAUGCGUCUGUCUCCUGCUUGAGGCCGGAUUGAGUCACCUGUCGUCUUCCCCAGGACCCGCCGCGGGGCCUGGCGAGCAACCGUGAGCCGCUGAGAGUGUCGCACCUGCGAUGUCGCACCCGGGAGCUCGCCCCGGCUGCCUUCCUCUCCGCUGUGAGGCCUCGCUGUCCUCCCCCAGACCCUGUGGGCUUUUAGCAGCGGGCUGCGCAGCCGCCACCCUCUGCCCAAGGAGCUCACUGCUAAGCUCAAGACUCCCUGGACAGCGCAGAGACCGCGGAAGAGCCCACCCAAGAGCGCGCCGUGGGAAGGGCGUAGAACUCUGGGAGCAAAGACCCCCGGGUUCCGGCUCCGGACUCCCUGUCGUUCCGGGACAAGCCGUAAAUCCGGCCGCACGAGACGUAGCAAGACGACGAGCCAGGCCCGCAAGCCCUUCGGGUAGCAGCGUGGCACACGUCUUCCCGGAGGCCAAGCCUGCCAACAGCGCUGCAAGGAGCGCGACCUUUCCAGCACGGGGAUGUUCGGAGACACCGGCCUCCCCUAACGCAGCCCCAGCUUCCCUCCGGGGUUCCUUCCAGUGGCCCUUCCCACUCCUGUGCCGCCGAUAUUCUGUUCAUAUUUGCUCAGGUAUUCUCUCAGAGGAUGGAACUUCCGCUGUGACUGUCCUCUUCUCUGUCCAGCCCUCACCAGAAUCACUUUCAAAAUGCUCUUUAUAUUCUGGGUGUGGUGUGCACUCCUGUAACCCCAGCACCCAGAAGGCUGAGGCAGAAGGAUCAUGAGUUCAAGGCCAGCCUGGGCUACAUACCCCAUAUUAAAAAAAAAAAAAAACUGGAAAAGCCCCUACAGGGCAACAUGAGCAUUUCCUAGCACACCCCUGAGAACUCUUCCAGCCUCCUUUCUCAGGCAGUUCCAAAGCCACUCCCUGUUGCAAGUGCUUGCUGCGGUAUUCCUCCACUCCCAGCAAACAUCUCUGUCUUAGCUAGCUCAAGCUGCUGUAAGAAGUCACACAGACUGAGUGACUAAAUAGGAGAAAUCUCUCUCUCAAAGUUCUGAAGGGUGAAAGUUCACCGGCGGUCAGUGCGUAGUAGGGCCCCCUCACAGGCUGAGAAUGGUCAUAUAGGUCAGUCCUCAAAUAGUGACGAACAGAGAAAAAGCAAGACCCGGAGUCUGCAUUCUCAAGAGCACCAGUCCCACUCAUGACCCCGUCUCCGGCCAAAGACUCCGUCUCCUGAUGCCGUCACACUGGGCUAGGGUUCUAACAUACGAAUUUAAGAGUGAGAGCACAGCCAGGUGCGGUGCUGCACACCUGUAGUCUCAGCACCCAGGAGGCCGAGGCAGGAGGAUGCAAAGUACAAGCCCAGCCUGGACAAGUUACUAAGUGACUUAGUAAGGCUCGGUCUCAAAAUUAAACAAUUUUUUGAAGGGCUAGGGGUGUAGCUCAGGAAGGCACUGGAUUCAAUCCCCAGUACUGAAAAAAGAAACAUGAAGAAAUGAAUCCAUAAUACCUUUACAUACACAGAAGGAUUUGCAUAAUAAGCCUUCUGCGUUAGAAAAUAAUUAGUUAAGGAAAUAGAUCUGGAUUCUGUGGUUACAUUGCUUCAAAGCAACUAUUCUUUAAAGAAACGUUUGACUUGUGCAUUUUAAAUUCAGCAUUAUGCCUUGAUUGCAUCUGAAAAAAUAUGAAAGGGAAAGAAAUGACAUGUUCUUCAACCAGAGAAAAAGAAUCAGUCACUCCCCAGAGGCUUCUUACAUGUCAGCUCCAACUGCACAGCUUGAUUAAUGCCAACCUGUUAAUCUGUUUAUCACCCUUCAAAAGCUAUAAACAGGCCAGGUGUGGUGGCACACACCUGUGAUUCCAGCACUUGGGAGGCUGAGGCAGGUGGA